GAAUCACAAGCGAAAAGAAGAGCCAAAGAAACUACAAUCAAACAAUCAAAUGGCAUCCUCCUCUUCAUUCAUUAUCCUUGCCGCUCUCCUUGCAUUGGUCUCAUGGCAGGCCACUGCCUCCGAUCCUAGCCCACUCCAGGACUUUUGUGUCGCUGACAUGCAUUCACCAGUGCGUGUCAAUGGGUUUGUUUGCAAGAACCCGAUGGAAGUCAACGCGGAUGACUUCUUCAAGGCAGCCGCUCUGGACAAGCCUAGGGUCACCAACAAGGUUGGAUCGAACGUCACCUUGAUCAAUGUCAUGCAGAUUGCUGGACUCAACACCCUCGGCAUCUCAAUGGCGCGCAUCGACUAUGCUCCCCUAGGACAGAACCCACCACAUACGCACCCCCGCGCCACUGAGAUCCUCACGGUACUCGAGGGGACAUUGUACGUUGGCUUUGUGACAUCCAACCAGGAGAACAGGUUCCUCUCAAAGAUGCUUAACAAAGGUGAUGUGUUUGUGUUCCCUGUGGGGCUCAUCCACUUCCAAUUCAACCCCAACCCCUACAAGCCAGCUGUUGCAAUUGCCGCGCUCAGCAGCCAGAACCCAGGGGCUAUCACAAUUGCCAAUGCAGUGUUUGGGUCCAAGCCACCAAUAUCAGAUGAUGUUCUUGCCAAGGCAUUUCAGGUGGAAAAGAAUACAAUAGACUAUCUCCAGGCUCAAUUCUGGGAGAACAAUCACUACUAAUUCAGACCUUGGUUGAUCACACGGGAGAUCAAUGCUCAAAUGAAGGACUUGGUUGAGUUUUAGAUAUGCAUCCUAAGCUAUAAAAUGAAUGUAGUAUAUGUCAUUCUAGUAUGCAUCUGUAAGCCGGGAAUGUAUUUCUGCCUUA